AAGUCACAAUUCAAUUUUAGUAGUCUUUCAAGUCACUAGCAAAUAUUAAGCAUCAUUAUGAAUACCAUACUUUGCAUCGUUCUACUAGGUUUAUCUGCGGUGGUCAAUGGCCAGCUUUCGGGCUCAAUUGCAGCAAAUCCUACAAAUGGCGGACAAGAUGUUAAUUUAAUGUUAAGCAAAUCCAUUGGUGAUGCGAAGACCAAUGUUGGUGGCGGUCUCUUUGCCAAUGGCAACACGAAUGGAGGUCCAUUAACAACUGGAGGAUUCUUAGCAGCAAAUAAAGAUGGACAUGGACUCUCCUUGCAACAUUCCAAGACACCUGGUUUCGGUUCAACUUUCCAACAAAACGCUCACGUUAACUUAUUGGACAAAAAUAAUCACAACUUAGCCGCUAAUGCUUUCCACAGUCGCACAAAUCUAGAGAAUGGCUUCAAAUUCGAUCGCGUCGGUGGUGGCUUGAACUACAACCACGCAAAUGGGCAUGGCGCUUCCUUGACUGCCUCACGCAUACCACAACUGAAUAUGAAUACAGUUGGCUUGGAUGCCAAAGCUAAUCUAUGGCGUUCACUUGACAGACAAACAAGUUUUGACCUGACCGGUGGAGUUUCAAAGAACUUCGGUGGUCCAUUCAAUGGACAAGUUAACAAAAACUUUGGUUUCGGUUUAACACAUAAUUUUGGUUAAA